UUCUUCUCUCGCGUUCUAGUUAGGUCUACCUCAAAAACUGCAUGGGCUCUAGUGGCGUCGGGAUUCCUUUCGCUGCGCAUGCGUCUGAAAGUAGUCUCCCCAAGCAAGAUGGCGGUGGGGAGGCUGGUCGGGAAGUCGGAGUAAGGGAAGGGGGGCGGUGACGGUAGCAGGUACAAGUGUGUCGAGGGCAAAGGCCGCAGGCGGGCUGGUACCAACUGAAGCAAAAGUGGAACUGAGGAGCGCGGGGGUUCUUCAUCUCCGUCCCAGCUCGGAAUGAGGAAUCGGAGCGACGGGACGAGGGGGACCAGCUCCCGUCUCGUCUGUUGCUGCUGCCUGUAAAGGGGGGAUCGUGUCCCUCAGGGCCUUCCCCGCGCCCCGCAUGUGUGGGCGGUUGCCUCCCUGUUUCGUGGUGGGGCCAAGUCCCCCGAGCACCGGCCGCGACGGAGGUAGCGACAGAGUCCGGGAAGGUGCGGCGGCUGCGGCGCUGCUGGGGGUGGAAAGUGAAAAGGCGGGCAGAUAUCAGACUGUAUGGAGACUGGAGCAAUCUAACUUUUCCUCUUGGUCCUGGGGUAGCCCAGAAUGGCUGCAGUGUCAUAUGAUCAGUUGUUAAAACAAGUAGAGGCAUUAAAAAUGGAGAACUCAAACCUUCGACAAGAACUUGAAGAUAAUUCAAAUCACCUUACAAAAUUGGAAACUGAAGCAUCCAAUAUGAAGGAGGUGCUGAAGCAGCUGCAAGGAAGUAUUGAAGAUGAGGCAAUGGCUUCAUCUGGACAGAUUGAUUUCCUGGAACGUCUUAAAGAAUUAAACUUGGACAGCAAUAACUACCCUGGAGUGAAGUUAAGGCCAAAGAUAUCCAUGCGUCCAUAUGGAAGCCGGGAAGGAUCAGUUUCUAGUCGAUCGGGAGAGUGCAGCCCUGUUCCUACGGCAUCGUUUCCCAGAAGAGCUUUCAUGAAUGGAAGCAGAGAGAGCACUGGCUAUCUAGAAGAAUUAGAGAAAGAGAGAUCUCUCUUGCUUGCUGAGCUUGAGAAGGAAGAAAAAGAGAAAGACUGGUAUUAUGCUCAGCUCCAGAAUCUGACUAAGAGGAUAGACAGUCUUCCUCUUACUGAAAAUUUCUCCUUGCAGACAGAUAUGACUAGAAGACAAUUGGAGUAUGAGGCAAGGCAGAUUAGAGCUGCCAUGGAAGAACAGCUAGGUACUUGCCAAGACAUGGAGAAGAGAGCACAGGUGAGAGUAGCUAGAAUUCAACAAAUUGAGAAGGAUAUUCUACGUAUAAGACAGCUCCUGCAGUCACAAGUCGUGGAAGCAGAGAGAGCCAGGGGAGAUGUGGACACCACCCUAUGUUAUCUGGAAGCACAGAGGUUCGUGGUCAACAGACAAGAGCUCUCUGCAACUGCUACAGCACCUGGGGAUAGUCCUGGACACCUCACAAAGUCAGAUCUUCUUCUUACAGGAAGGGCACCUCCAAGCAAGCAUGAUGGAGGCUCCCUUGAAUCAGAGAGGCAAAAUGAAGGUCAAGGAGCAGGAGAAAUCGGUGUGGCAACUGCUGGCAGUAGUCAGGGGUCAGCUACUCGGAUGGAUCAUGAGACAUCAAGUGUUAUGAGUUCUAGCAGUAAUUACUCUGUUCCUCGAAGAUUGACAAGUCACCUAGGUACAAAGGUUGAAAUGGUGUAUUCCUUGUUGUCAAUGUUGGGUACUCAUGAUAAAGAUGACAUGUCACGAACUUUGCUAGCCAUGUCUAGCUCCCAGGACAGCUGCAUAGCUAUGCGCCAGUCUGGAUGUCUUCCCCUCCUUAUUCAACUUCUACAUGGCAAUGAUAAAGACUCUGUGUUGUUGGGAAACUCCCGGGGCAGCAAGGAGGCCCGAGCCAGAGCUAGUGCAGCACUGCAUAAUAUCAUUCACUCGCAGCCUGAUGAUAAGCGAGGCAGGCGAGAAAUACGUGUCCUCCAUCUUCUAGAACAAAUCCGAGCUUACUGUGAAACAUGUUGGGAAUGGCAAGAAGCACAUGAUCAAGGCAUGGACCAGGACAAAAAUCCAAUGCCAGCUCCAGUUGACCAUCAGAUCUGUCCGGCAGUAUGUGUUCUAAUGAAGCUUUCAUUUGAUGAAGAGCACAGGCAUGCAAUGAAUGAACUUGGAGGAUUGCAGGCCAUUGCAGAAUUGCUUCAGGUGGACUGUGAAAUGUAUGGGCUUACUAAUGACCACUACAGUGUCACAUUGAGGCGUUAUGCUGGAAUGGCUCUGACAAAUUUAACUUUUGGAGAUGUAGCAAAUAAGGCUACAUUGUGUUCCAUGAAAGGUUGCAUGAGAGCUCUUGUUGCCCAGUUAAAAUCUGAAAGUGAAGACUUGCAGCAGGUCAUUGCAAGUGUGUUGAGAAAUUUGUCUUGGCGAGCAGAUGUGAACAGUAAGAAGACGCUGCGUGAGGUUGGAAGUGUGAAAGCAUUGAUGGAGUGUGCUUUGGAAGUUAAAAAGGAAUCUACCCUAAAAAGUGUAUUGAGUGCUUUAUGGAAUCUGUCAGCACACUGCACUGAGAAUAAAGCUGAUAUAUGUGCUGUGGAUGGUGCUCUUGCCUUUUUAGUCGGCACACUAACUUACCGGAGCCAAACAAAUACUUUAGCUAUCAUUGAAAGUGGAGGGGGAAUACUACGUAAUGUCUCCAGCUUGAUUGCUACAAAUGAGGACCACAGGCAAAUUCUAAGAGACAACAGCUGUUUGCAAACCUUGCUGCAUCACUUGAAAUCUCAUAGUUUGACAAUAGUCAGUAAUGCAUGUGGAACCUUGUGGAACCUCUCUGCACGGAAUGCAAAGGACCAGGAAGCGCUAUGGGACAUGGGAGCUGUUAGUAUGCUCAAAAAUCUCAUACAUUCAAAGCACAAGAUGAUAGCCAUGGGCAGUGCUGCAGCUUUAAGGAACCUAAUGGCAAACAGACCUGCAAAAUAUAAAGAUGCUAACAUCAUGUCUCCAGGUUCAAGCUUACCAUCUCUUCAUGUCAGAAAGCAAAAAGCACUGGAAGCAGAGUUAGAUGCUCAACAUUUAUCUGAGACCUUUGACAACAUUGAUAACUUAAGUCCCAAAACAUCUCAUCGUAAUAAGCAAAGACAUAAACAGAAUCUGUACAGUGAAUAUGUUUUAGAUGCUAAUCGACAUGAAGAUGGAGUUUGCAAGUCAGAGAAUUUUAAUAGUGGUACCGUAACUGUCCUUUCACCAUAUUUAAACACUACAGUAUUGCCAAGCUCCUCUUCCUCAAGCAGAGGAAAUACAGAGAGUUCUCGGUCCGAAAAAGACAGGAGCUUGGAUAGAGAGCGUGCAAUGGGAUUAAGUAGCUACCAUUCAGCAACAGAAAAUUCUGGAAGCUCUACUAAACGAAUAGGGAUGCAGAUUUCUACUGCUGCUGCCCAAAUUUCCAAAGUGAUGGAAGAAGUAACAAGCAUGCAUAUUUCACAAGAAGAGAGAAGCAAUGGAUCUGUAACUGAAAUGCAUUGUUUGUCAGAUGAUAGGAAUGCUUUAAGAAGAACAUCUGCUGCCCACUCUCAUACAAAUACUUACAACUUUCCUAAAUCUGAGAACAGGACAUGUCCUGUGCCUUAUGCGAAAGUGGAGUAUAAGAGAGCUUCUAAUGAUAGCUUAAAUAGUGUCAGUAGCAGUGAUGGGUAUGGUAAAAGAGGACAAAUGAAGCCUAUUGAAUCUUAUUCUGAAGAUGAGGAAAGUAAAUUUUGCAGUUAUGGACAGUACCCUGCUGAUUUAGCCCAUAAAAUACACAGUGCUAACCAUAUGGAUGACAAUGAUGGAGAGCUAGACACUCCGAUAAACUAUAGUCUAAAAUAUUCUGAUGAGCAAUUAAAUUCUGGUAGGCAAAGUCCGUCACAAAAUGAAAGAUGGGCAAGACCCAAACAUGUAAUAGAAGAGGAAAUAAAGCAGAACGAACAAAGACAGUCCAGAAGUCAAAGUGGAGCAUAUCCUGUGUUCACUGAGAAUAGUGAUAAUAAGCACAUGAAUUACCAGUCAGGUUUUGGACAGACAGAGUGUGUGUCACCUUUCAGAUCAAGAGAAUCUAAUAGUUCAGAACAAAACAGAGUUGCCUGCAGUCAUGGAAUAAAUCCAAAAGUGAGCCAGUCCUUAUGUCAAGUUGAUGAUUAUGAGGAUGAUAAGCCAACUAACUAUAGUGAGCGUUACUCAGAGGAGGAACAGCAUGAGGAAGAAGAUCAUCCAACUAAUUAUAGCAUAAAAUACAAUGAAGAGGAGCAUCAUGUAGAUCAGCCUAUUGAUUACAGUUUAAAAUAUUCAACAGAUGUUCCUUCUUCUGCACAGAAGCCAUCUUUUUCUUUUUCAAACAGUCCAUCAGUGCAGAGUUCUAAAACAGACCAUAUUUCAUCAAGUAGUGGAAAUACAUCAACCUCAGCUGGCUCAAAGAGACUUAACCAGCUUCAUCCAAAUUCUGCUCAAAGUAGAGCGGGUCACACUCAGAAAUCUGGGUCUUGCAAAGCACCCUCCAUCAACCAAGAAACAAUACAAACCUAUUGUGUGGAAGAUACACCAAUAUGUUUUUCAAGAUGUAGCUCUCUGUCAUCUUUGUCAUCAGCUGAAGAUGAAACAGGACGUGAUCAAGCCACACGGGUAGGGGAUACUGAUAACUCUCUGAAGAUAGCAGGAAUUAAAGAAAAUAGUGGGAGUCUGUCUGCAGCAGGUACAGUAAAUGAAACCUCACCAAUCUCACAGCACAUUAGAACAAAAUCAAAUAGACUUCAGACUUCUAGUCUAUCACCAUCUGAUUCGGCGAGACAUAAAGCUGUAGAGUUUUCCUCAGGUGCCAAAUCUCCUUCAAAAAGUGGUGCUCAAACUCCUAAGAGCCCACCAGAACAUUAUGUGCAGGAGACUCCACUCAUGUUUAGCAGGUGUACCUCUGUAAGUUCCUUGGAUAGUUUUGAGAGCCGUUCAAUUGCUAGCUCUGUUCAGAGUGAGCCUUGCAGUGGGAUGGUAAGUGGUAUUAUAAGCCCAAGUGACCUUCCAGAUAGUCCAGGGCAAACAAUGCCACCAAGCAGAAGUAAAACUCCACCCCCUCCACAAGUAACCCAAGUAAAGAGAGAAGCAGUCAAAACUAAAAUACCCAAUACCGAAAAAAGAGAGUCUGGACCAAGACAAACAGCUGUAAAUACAGCUGUUCAAAGAGUACAGGUAUUGCAAGAUGCAGACACUUUGUUACAUUUUGCUACAGAAAGUACCCCAGAUGGAUUUUCUUGUUCAUCAAGCCUAAGUGCUUUGAGUCUUGAUGAACCAUUUAUACAGAAAGAUGUAGAGUUGAGAAUAAUGCCCCCUGUACAUGAAAACGACCAUGGCAAUGAAUCAGAACAGCCAAAUGAUACAAAGGAUAAUCAAGAGAAAAAGAUGGAGAAGCCCACAGAAACUGAAAAAGGUAUCCUGGAUGAUUCAGAUGACGAUGAUAUCGAAAUAUUAGAGGAAUGUAUUAUUUCUGCUAUGCCUACAAAAUCUUCACAUAAAGCCAAAAAGCCUUCACAGAUAACUGCUUCAAAAAUACCUCCAGCUGUAGCUAGGAAACCAAGCCAAUUGCCUGUAUAUAAACUUCUGCCUUCUCAAAGCAGAUUACAUUCCCAAAAGCAUGUUAGUUUUACACCUGGAGAUGAUAUGCCAUGUGUGUAUUGUGUUGAGGGAACACCAAUAAAUUUCUCAACAGCUACAUCUCUGAGUGAUCUCACAAUAGAAUCGCCACCAAAUGAAUUGGCUAAUACAGAAACUGCUGGUACGGGCAUGGAAUCUGCUGAGUUUGAAAAAAGAGAUACCAUUCCCACAGAAGGCAGAAAUACAGAUGAUGCGCAGAGGGGGAAAAAGUCAAUUGGGACUCCUGUUGUGCUGGGCAAUGACAAAACAGAGGAAGGUGAUGAUAUUCUUGCAGAAUGCAUUAAUUCUGCUAUGCCAAAAGGGAAGAGCCACAAACCUUUCAGAGUGAAAAAGAUAAUGGAUCAAAUCCAGCAAGCAUCUACAUCCUCAUCAAUAAGUACUAAAAGUCAGCUAGAAGUUGAGAAAAAGAAACCAACAUCACCAGUAAAACCUAUACCCCAAAGUAAUGAGUACAGAGCACGCUUACAAAGAACCACAGAGCCAAAAAGUAAUUUUAGUAGUGAAAGGACCUAUACAGACAACAAAGAUACAAAGAAACAGAACCUUAAAAAUAACUCAAGGGAGUUCAAUGAUAAACUUCCAAAUAAUGAAGAUCGUACAAGAGGAAGCUUUGCAUUUGAUUCCCCCCAUCAUUACACUCCAAUUGAGGGAACUCCAUAUUGUUUUUCACGAAAUGACUCCUUGAGUUCUCUAGACUUUGAUGACGAUGUGGAUCUUUCAAGGGAAAAGGCAGAACUGAGAAAGGGAAAAGAAAGUGAAAUUAAAUCCAACAGCAAUACAGAACAGAUUUCAAACCAGCAGUCAGGCAGUAGAACACAAGCGUGCCAAAAACACACUCCAACAGGAAGAAAUCAACCCAAAAAUCUGGUGCAGAAACAAAUACCUUUCUCUCAGUCAUCCAAAGAGAUUUCAGAUAGGGCUGCAGCUUCAGAUGAGAAAACACAAAAUUUUGCAAUAGAAAAUACUCCUGUUUGUUUCUCUCGUAAUUCAUCUCUUAGUUCUCUCAGUGAUAUUGAUCAAGAAAACAACAAUAAUAAAGAAAGUGAAUCUAUAGAACAAAUAGAACCAUCUGAUGCACAGAUAGAAUCAAGUAGGCCACAAGUUUCUGGCUAUGCUCCUAAAUCAUUUCAUGUUGAAGAUACUCCAGUAUGCUUUUCAAGAAACAGUUCCCUCAGUUCUCUCAGUAUUGACUCAGAAGAUGAUCUUCUACAGGAAUGUAUUAGUUCUGCCAUGCCUAAAAAGAAAAAACCGUCAAGAACAAAAGGGGACAGUGAAAAAAAUAGCUCUAGAAAUAUGGGCGGCAUUUUGGCAGAGGACCUGACGCUAGAUUUGAAGGAUAUACAAAGGCCUGAUUCAGAGCAUGGUUUCUCACCAGAUUCAGAGAAUUUUGACUGGAAGGCUAUUCAAGAAGGUGCAAAUUCUAUAGUUAGCAGCUUACAUCAAGCUGCUGCAGCAGCAUCGCUAUCUAGACAAGCAUCGUCAGACUCUGAUUCAAUUCUUUCAUUAAAAUCUGGAAUUUCCUUAGGCUCACCCUUUCAUCUUACACCAGACCAAGAAGAAAAACCUUUUACUAGUAAUAAGGGUCCACGAAUUAUCAAACCAGGAGAGAAGAGUACACUGGAAACAAAGAAAGAGUGUGAAAAUAAAGGUAUCAAAGGGGGAAAGAAAGUGUAUAAAAGUAUGAUUACAGGUAAAGCUCGUUCUAAUUCAGAACUUACAAGUCAUUUGAAACAGCCAUUGCAAACAAAUAUGCCCUCAAUCUCCCGUGGUAGGACAAUGAUUCAUAUUCCUGGAGUUCGAAAUAGCUCUUCAAGUACAAGUCCAGUUUCUAAAAAAGGGCCUCAACUAAAGAGUGCAACAUCCAAAAGUCCUAAUGAAAACCAGAGUUCCACUAGUUCUCCCAGAGUCACCAAACCCUCCAUAAAAUCUGAGCCAAGCCCUGUAUCCAGACAACCAUCUCAACAGAGUGGAUCAAGUAAAGGACCUUCUAGAUCAGGAUCUAGAGAUUCUACACCCUCCAGACCACAACAGCAGCCCUUAACAAGACCGCUGCCAUCUCCUGGCCGAAAUUCAAUUUCACCCGGGAGAAAUGGCAUAAGUCCUCCUAACAAGCUGUCCCAACUGCCACGAACAUCCUCUCCGAGUACGGCUUCCACUAAGUCUUCUGGCUCUGGAAGAAUGGUAUACACAUCACCAGGCAGACAGAUGAGUCAGCAAACUGUGGGAAAACAGACAGGGUUGCCCAAAAGUACCAGUGGUAUUCCCAGAAGUGAAUCUGCCUCAAAAGGAUUAAACCAAAUUUCUGGUAUUAGUGGAUCAAACAAAAAGGCCGAUAUAUCUAGAAUGUCAUCAACCAAAUCCAGUGGGAGUGAAUCUGAUAGAUCAGAGAGACCUGUUUUGGUACGUCAGUCAACGUUUAUUAAAGAAACUCCAAGUCCUACUCUAAGAAGGAAAUUAGAAGAGUCUGCCUCAUUUGAGUCCUUGUCUCCUCCUAGACCAGACUCUCCAAUCCAGUCUCAAAUACAGACCCCAGUUUUAAGUCCGUCACUUCCUGAUAUGUCUUUCUCUACUCAUUCAACCAUCCAAGCUGGUGGUUGGCGAAAGUUGCCUCCUAGCCUGAGUCCUUCUUUAGAAUACAAUGAUGGGAGACCAACAAAACGGCAUGACAUAACUCGGUCUCACUCAGAGAGUCCUUCCAGGCUGCCAAUUAACAGAUCAGGGACAUGGAAGCGUGAGCAUAGUAAGCAUUCCUCAUCACUUCCUCGUGUAAGCACUUGGCGAAGGACUGGAAGUUCUUCCUCAAUACUUUCAGCUUCUUCAGAAUCCAGUGAGAAGGCAAAGAGUGAGGAUGAAAAGCAACAUGUGAGUUCUUUUUCUGGACUGAAGCAAUCUAAAGAGAAUCAAGCACCAACAAAAGGUACUUGGAGGAAGAUAAAAGAAAAUGAAAUUCCUCAGACAAUGACAACUCCUCAGAAUUCCUCAUCAGGUGCUACCAAUGGUGCUGAUUCAAAAACUCUCAUUUACCAGAUGGCACCUGCUGUCUCAAAGACAGAGGAUGUGUGGGUGAGGAUUGAAGACUGCCCUAUUAAUAAUCCUAGAUCUGGAAAAUCUCCCACAGGAAACAGUCCUCCUGUUAUUGACGGUGUUUCAGAGAAAGGGAAUGUGAAUUGUAAAGAUCUUAAUGGAAAACAAAAUGCAGGGAAUGGAAAUGUCCCUGUUCGCAUUGUAGGUUUAGAAAAUCGUCUGAAUUCAUUUAUUCAAAUAGAUAGUCCAGACAAGAAAGGAACUGAAACAAAACUUUUACUAAGCAAUCCUGUCCCUGCCCCAGAGACUAGUGAAAACACUGUUAAUGAGCGUACACCGUUCAGUUCUAGCAGCUCCAGCAAACACAGUUCACCCAGUGGUACUGUCGCAGCAAGAGUGACUCCUUUCAAUUAUAAUCCAAGCCCCAGAAAAAGCAGUGUGGAUAAUAGUUCCAGUUCUGCUCGGCCAUCUCAGAUACCAACACCAGUAAAUAACAGCACAAAAAAACGAGAUUCAAAGACUGAAGGCACAGAUUCAAGUGGUGCUCAAAGUCCUAAGCGCCAUUCAGGUUCCUACCUGGUGACUUCUGUUUAACAAAAAAAUUCUGAUCUGUUACGCUAUAUGUGGAACUUUUAAAUAAAACUAUACAAGAUAGGGGGUUUUCUUUUUGUAAAUAGAUUUGAUUCUUUCUUGUAGAGGGUCCUUGUUCUGGAAGCCAUAUUUGAUAUUCUUUGUCUUCACUGAUAAUAUUUGAGGGAGUCCCAAUUGAUAAUUUAGCAAUAAAAUUGCUAAAGUUAUUAUAUUUGUACAGUAUGUUUUACAUAUAUUUAAUUAACAUCCCAUACCUUUAAUUGUUUUGGUGGGGAAAUCUUUCAGGAAAGAUGAACAGAGAUUAAAAGAGAAAUCUAUUGCUAGAUCACUCAUUUCUGGAUUUGCAAAAUGACUAAACUACAUCAGGGAGAAAUUGGUGUUUAUGCAAAAAAAAAAAGUGAUGCCACCUAACCUUAUAAUUAAUCAUGUGGCUGUGAAAUUCACAGUAAUAUGGUUUCUGCUGAACAAGCCUGUUGUUUCUGCAUGGAUAGAACUGAUGGUUCAUUUUCUGAAAUGAUGGUAAGCAUUUCUGUGGUCACAUAAUGUGCAUAGAUAGUUAUGGUGUAAUGAUUUACCUUUUGGUUUUGUGCUCUGAAAAGAAGAAAAAAAGGAAAUCUGUGUAAGUGUAAACCUUGAACAAAAUUAUUUUACCAGAACUAGAUUUUAACUGACAGUAGGUAGGAUUUUUGCUAUGCUGUAACUUGUUGUAUAUUCUGGUAUUUGAGGUGAGAUGGCUGCUCUUUUAUUAAUGAGACAUGGAUAAGGUCUCAACAAAACUAAAUGAACAUUUCAGAAUAAAUUAUUGCGAUAUGUA